GGCUGCGUCUGGUUCUCGGCGAAGGGCCUAAGAGGUCCAGUCGGCGGAACCCACCGGUCUCUGGGUCCAGAGCCCCCAGAGCCCCACGGCGCCCAGGUGAGCCUCGCGGCCCAGGUGGGGCGGCCCAGCCCUUCUUAAAGCCUGGAAAAUAUGACAGAUCUUGUAGCUGUUUGGAAAGUUGCUUUAAGUGAUCGAGUCCAUAAAAUUGAAUUUGAACAUGGGACUGCAUCAGGCAAACGAGUGGUGUAUGUAAAUGGGAAGAAAGUGCUAAGAAAAGAAUGGAUGUUCAGCUUGAUAGGCAAAGAAACCUUCUGCAUUGGAGCCUCAAAAAUAAAAGCAACCAUAAAUAUUAAACCUCGCUGUGCUUCUAGUUAUGAUUAUACUCUGGAAAUUAAUGGGAAAAGUCUCAAGGAGUAUAUGGAGAGCAGGAAAAAAACCACCAAUACUUGGAUAUUACAUUUGAAUAGUAAAGACUUUAGAGUUGUGUUAGAGAAAGACACUAUGGAUGUAUGGUGCAAUGGCAAAAAAAUGAAGACAGUGGGCACCAAGAAGCCACCAACAAAUCAAGCCUGGGCCAUGGUUAUGCAUCUCAUUUGCAAGAAAGCUCUUGAAAAACCAUCGCUAUUUGCAAUUACUUAGCUGUAUGAGUCAAGACUAUCUCCAAAACAAAAAUAUACAAAUAACUGGAUACUGAGACAAUUGUCAACAAUAACCCUUGCUGGAAUUCUGUGUUCAGUAAAACAGCAUCUGUUUAUUGGCUUAUGUUUCACUUCAGCUUCAAAGAUAUAUUUAUACUAAAAAAAAGAAAUUGUUGUCUAUUUUAUUUUGACGUAAAAAAGACGAGUGUUGCUAAAAAGUUUGAAAACUCCCAGUGUAAAAAAAAAAAAAGAUUUAGUUUUAUAGUUGGACAGAACUAAGUCUGAAACUUAUUCUUUUACUUAGUAACUGUGAGCUUUUAGGCAACUUACUUAAUCUCUUGGAACCUUGUUUUUCACCUUGUCAAAUCCAGGCAGGAUCAGUAACUACUGUGGCACAUUAUUAGGAGAGUAAAAUAGCAUACUUAAAACACUUAUUAUGGCUCCUGGAAUAUAGUAAACAUUUAAUAUCUGAUCUAUUAAAAAUGACUAAUACCUCAUUAUCUGCAAUGAUUAGAAAAUGAAGACCUAGGAAGAAAAUGAAGGAAUAUGAGAGAGAGAUUUAAUGCCUGAAAUAUCACAGUUUCAGGCAUGUAUACACAGUUUGAAAAAGCAGCUUGAGUAUAUUGAAUUCUAGAAGCUAUAACACCUAUGAACUCAGGUGUCAAAAUAUUUCAGUCUAAAACAAAUGACAGAGCAUAUGAAUUGUAUAUAGUAUUCUAAUUGGAAAGAGUAUCUCAAUGCUAUGAAAAAAACAGGGUCUAAAGAUGUCACAACCUUUGUUACCACCAAACCCAUUGUUAAGCAUGUCUAAAUAGGUAUUUGCUACUAAAAUUUAAGUCAUGGUACUAAUACUAUGAGGAAUCCUAAUUUUUCAAAUAGCAUUCAGUAACAUUCUGCUAAAUUUGCUGAAACUUCAUUUCUUGGCUUAGAUUUUUUAUUAAAAAAUGUAUUAACUGAAUUUAGUUAUGGAAAUCUCUUAUGAAACAAUGUGAUGGGAGAAAUAGCAUAUGACACAAUUUAUCAAAUAUCAUGUGGCAAAGUGAACAUUAAGAUUAAAGCAAGCUGAUACCUGCUUAGAAAGCGCUUUCAUGUGACCUACGCUUCCCCAGCAGUACGCUUCAAGGAUAACACCAAAUUGUACUGAAGCAGCAGGAAUGUGUACUUCAGAUCUGCAAAAAGUUAACAGGAAAGAAGAUUUAUCAAACACUUCAGGUCCCCAAAUGAAAAUACUUCUUUAUUCUAUUAUGAAAUUAACUAAUGAUGCUUAUGAAAGAAAGGAAGGUCAUAUCAUGUAUACAGUCACUGGUUGGAUGCUAAACUUUUAAUUCUUUAAACAUUGUAGUUCAAAAAGAUAUGGGAUGUUAACACUAGUUAAUUGUUUAUUCCAUGAAAUCCAAAGUUUUUACAUCUUAUUUUUUGGAAUGAAAUUAUAAUAUUACCAAUUUACAGACAAUUAAGAUGAAAUAGAUCUGACUCAUAUCACACAACUAACAAAUCCCUCAAUUGACUUCUAUUUGAUUUUUUUCUCAUUUAAAGAAUGGUAAACACACUUGAAAAAGGAAGGAAUAUCUUAUUCUGUUAUUCCUUUGAGGAUUUAAAAAUAAGAAGAUUGAACUAGAUGAGAAAGAAAAGUUAAAAAGUUAAUAAUAAAGAAAUCAAGAUUCAGAACUAUAACCCCUAAAAUUACAUCAAAAUACCAUACAGCUUAUUUUCUAUAAGAAGCUUAGCCAAAGAGGUGAAAAGUUAUCUUUCUCUGUUACUGAUUAGCUUCAACAAUAUGAAGUCCAGGUGGAAAAAAACCACAAAUGUCUGAAUAGAGUCAGAAACAAAGAAGUGACAAUCUUCCUAGGAAACAAAAGAACUUUAGUUCUCUUUCCCAAUUCUACUCCCAUAUAAACUUGGUUUAAUAAGACUGAUGUAUUUCUGAAAACGACCUUGUCAAUAAAGCAGCUAAAAAUAAAGUUGCUGUUAUAGGAAAACCUAAAAUCUUUUAUAUAUACACACACACAUAUACAUAUAAUUUUAUUUAUUUAUUUUUUGGCUGCGUUGGGUGUAUGUUGCUGGGUGGGCUUUUCUCCAGUUGUGGUGCAUUGGCUUCUCAUUGCAUUGACUUUUUUGUUGCAGAGCCCGAGUUCUAGGGCGCACACACUUCAGUAGCUGCUACUCCCAGGCUCUACA